CCCGGCCCCGGCCCCGGCCCCGCCGCCCCAUGACGCCCAGCGGGCGCCCCUUGGGGCCCCGCCGCUCCCCCCAGGCCUGGACUGUGAAUUUGGUUGCGAUGGAGACCGUGUCCCUGGAGCACCAGAUCCAGAGUGUGCAGCGGCACAUCGCUUUCCUGAAGAAGGAGCAGAUGGAGCUGCUCCAUGACCUGCACCUGGAGAUCCUCCGCUUGCAGAAGCACUGCUCAGAGCUCACCCAUGACCUGGAAAUGAAAGAGCUGGAGGCCCGCCAACAAGAUGUCCUGGACCGCGAGCUGGAGGAGAAGUGCCGGGCGAUGGAGGCCCAGCUGCAGGAGAAGGAGAAGGACAACCUGGAGCUGCGCAAGGAGCUGCAGCACAAGGAGACGCUGGUGGCCGCGCUGCGCUCCAGCCUCCGCAGCAAGGAGCGCCGGUUCCUGGAGGAGCUGAAGCGCCGGAGCCACCGCGUCACCAUCCUCGACACCGAGCUGCAGAAGCAGACGGAGGCGGCCGCCUACCUCUCGCUGCAGCUGCACGCCACGGCCCAGCGGCUGCCGGGCCCCCGGGCGGGCGGGCGGCCGCCCCCCGAGCAGCCCCCGGCCGAGGGUCGGCCCCGGCGCCGCGGCCACAGGCCGCCCGCCCGGCGCCCGCCCGGGGACGGCGGCCGGCCCAGGGACCCCGCGCAGGAGGAGCACGACGCCAUGCCCGACCCGGCCCUGUUCCUGUACACGCCGCGGCCGCACGGCCCGCAGCGCCCGCCGCCGGAGCCCCCGGGCCAGCCCCGCGCCUCGGCCGGCGCCGCCGCGGCCGCCCGGGGCCAGCGGCACCCCCGGCAGGAGCCGGCGGCCAGGGCCAGGUCGGCCAAGGGCGAGCCCGGCAAGAGGCAGGGGUCCGGUGCCCACGGUGCCCCCCGGGCCCAGGAGUAGGCGGCGAGGGGACGGCGCGGCCCGACCGGCCCGGCAAGGCCGGAGCGCGGCGGCACCGGGGCGGGCGCGGGCCGAGGUUCUUUCCCCCGGCCCCUCGGUGGAGCGGAAGGGGCGGCCGAAAGCGGAGCCCUGCCCGCGCCUCCCACCCAGCGGCAGCCAGGAAGGGUCCCCUCUGCCCGAAAGGUCUGAGCCGGGGAUGUUACCGGCAAUGCUGCGGGACCGGGGAGCAUCCAGCACCCGGGCUGGGAAGGGGACGCGUCCGAGCGCCUGUCCGGAGCUUGCGAGGAAAAAAGAGAAGAAAGAAAGAAGAGGAAGCAUUUUUGAAAUGAGAUUUUUCCUGGUGCUGCUGCUGCCCUCGGUGGGUGCCGGGUUGCUUUCCCUGGCCCGGGGUGCUGGGAGUGGGCGUGCAGCAGCAGCAGGCUGUGCAGCACAUGGCUCGGCGCCGCGGGAUGAGCCCAGCCCGGCCUCCAGCCCUGGCAUCACCGGCACCGGGCACUGGAGAGGGCCCAGGACAUCGCCAGGAAGGUUCUCCAGGACGCAGGCAGCUGCACGAGGUCGACCCUGUGGGUGACGGAGGGAUCCCCUUCCGCAAGGACAGUGCUGCUGUGCUGGCCAGGCCCUGUCCCACGCUCCCCUGUGCAGCGGUUUGGCUGUCUCCAGCACGGAUUUCCCCUCAGUCACGUUCACACGCAGGACUCGGACAAGGCAGCUGGAGAAGUGCCGAGAUUGGCAGUCCUGCUGCACGCUCCGUGGCUCCUCGGCCGCUGCAGCCGGGCCCCACGUGCUGCUGGAGCAGGGCUGCACCCUGUGCCCCCUGCACAGGGCUCUCCUCGGCACCAGCAUUUUGGUUCUCAGUCACAUCCACAGCCAGGCCUGGGCUUGCUGCUGAGGGCUGAGCGGCCCCCGGUCCUCCCCCAUGGCCUCCCACCCCUCUCAGCACAGCGGCCGUAGGCAGCUGCCUUCGCCCCGCUGGGGCAGCCUCGCCCCAUUUCCAACCACACUGCCAGCUUUACAAUCACACCCUGGGUGUUGUGAAACAGCGCUAGGAGGGGACGGCUCUGCGGCCAGGCAGGGCAAAGGUCACUCUGCUCCGCUGCUGUCAGACCUGUGCUGCUCAGGGCGACUCGAGGAGCAGGUUUCGCCCUGGCAUGUGGGCUGCCAGCCUGGCUGGCCCAGCCGGGACUCGGCCCCUGCCUGCAGCCAGCGCCCUGCCAGGCUGGUGGGCAGCAGCCUCCCGCAGGACCCUCACUGCCUCCGCAGCUGGUGUGGGCAGGAGGGAGCUGCAGGGUGAGAUCAGACCCCAUUUCCUUCCAAUUCAGUUUGAAACCUCUUGAAAGACAUCACCCUCAUAGACUAGCGAGGCUUGGCCUGCCCGCACUCACCCUCAGUGUGCCUGCGCAGUCAGAGCUGUCUAUUUUUGUAGUUCAAUAUUUAUAUACUCUAUUAAAAUGCUUUAUGAGAUUGACAGCAGCAGUCGCCAACCAGCUCUUUGGUAAAAACAAACCCCAAAGCAUAUGAGCUGCACUAGCAGGGCAGAAAUUAGCAGCUUUUGUACCUUUUCUCUGGCUGUUAUGUGACUAGUCAGGCUUUGGAGGACAAGACCCCUCGUGCUCUCCCAGGGCACCCCUGAGGCUUUGGACUCCCCAGCUGCUCCCAUGGUCCCUAACACACCCCUGGGUUUGGGAAAGAGCCCAGCAAAGCCACACUGGGCAGGGCCCCCCUCACAGUGCUCGGGCAGCAGCCUGGCUUGAAGCCAGGCUGAGGUGUGCAGUUCCUGGAGCACGAAACCUCUAGUGGGAGAUGUUUGUAGCCCCUGAGGUAUCUGGAGCUGCUGCCUCGGCGCUGCAGAGCCCCCAUGGGCCCCCAGCUCUCCUCCCAGACUGCCAGAGCCGAGGGAGGCUGCAGGGAGCCCGGCAGGGUGCUCACAGGCCGUGGCUGCAGAGCUCCACGUGCCCAAGUUGCCCGCACAGGUUCUGCAGGUGCAGGGCAGCACGGGGGGCUCUGGUAGCGCCCCGCUGGGCUCUGAGCACCGGGAGCAGUUACACGGGGGAGAAAAGCCCUGAGCUCCCCGGCAAGGCUGCAGAAUGUUCCUGCCUGUUUCCCUCUGCACGGUGACCCGGGCGGGCUCUGCCAGCCCCAGCUCCAGCCCCGGGGUGAGCUGGGUGUGCUGGGCCCUGCUGCCACCCACCCACGGGGGCAGUGAGGGGAGGUUUGUGAGGGGAGCAGCCCCAGGGCUGCAGCGUCACAGUCCCGGCAGUGCUGUGCCCGUGAGGUGCUAUUGGCCUCUGGAAAUUGCUGUUUCUCUCAGGUUCUGAGAGGUUCUACUGCGGAUCUGUCCUCUCGUAGGGUGAAAAAGGCAAUGCCUGUCCCUGUGUGCUGUUGCUGCAGCUGUGGUGUGCACAGCUGCUUCCCAUCCUUCCUAGACAAUCCUGAUAGACACAGUAUGUGGUAAGCACAUUUCUCUCUGUGCACCUCAAUAAAAAAUCCUGAGAGAGAGAGAAAUGUGCUUGCCACACACAGUAUGUUGCAUCUUUAUUACAAACUUCUUCAUGAGAUCACGGUGUUUAUGACUGAGCAUUGAAAAGUGUAGGGAGAAGUAUGAUCCUUCUCCUGUGUAAAUACCUUCCUAGCAAUCAUCAUCCGUAGUGCCUAGUAUGUAAAUGAAGCAACCCUGUCUGAGCUGCAGGGCCCUUUCCUCUCCACCAGUAAUUAGCAGCUUGCUCAAGGAGUUGAUCUCAUUCCGGUCCCCCAUGCUGGUCCCUCCCCAGCUGGGCAGGUCUGGAGCCCCGGGCCGGGCAGGCAGAGCCGCCUGCAGCAAGGGGGGUUCCCAAAGGGAUGGAGAGCGAGCACGCCAGUUCCCCCCUUCAUGCCAAUGUCAUGUGCUUGGAAAUGAGUUGUCAGGGUGAGCCCUGCACUUUUCCUUGGGCACAUUUGCCUUGGAGCAGGAAGGAUCAGCUCUUGCGUGCUGUACCUGCUUCAGUCACUGCUGCUUUUCUUAGGGGGGAGGGAAGCUCUAGAGAUACUAUAUAUACACUUAUAUAUAUAUAUAUAUAUACACACACACAUACAUGCACUUGUUUUGAAGGGAAAACACUGUAUGAUUGUAAUAGAAAUAACGUUGAGAUAAAUUAUUUUAAUCUUUGUAUUUAUAUAAAAUGAUCAAAGAGAUCAAAAUGAUAAAAAAAAAAUCAAAAAGACAGUAUUCCUAUUUUUUACUGAGAAGGCUGCUGGAGCCUCCGGGAGCCUGAGAGCCGCUGGGGCCCAGGCAGGGCCUGCCCUCCCCUCCUGGAGCAGGGGGCUCUCAUAGACUCCCCCCCUGGCACUGUAAGCUAGCCCUUAGCCUGUAAGGUGUAACAGGGACCUGUAGGUGCAUUCAGUCUGUGCUCUGCACUCCUCGGGAGUCCAAAGGGCGCACACAGCUCCAACCUGGGAGCACAGACUGAGGAGCGCCGACACCGACGGAACGGGCAGUGUUUGAUGUUGACUUGUAAAGCUUAAUGAUUAGACUGGAAAUGGAAGCAUAGCAAUAACGCUCGGUUGUUAAACAACGUCUUGUGUGUGUAAACCACCACGUGCUGAGAGCUGUCUACAGACUAACAGCCGGGCUCCUCUCCUCUGCACCCCCUUUCGCUCUGUAGCUCUGCAGAGGUGUAUGGGUUUGAUGUGUUUGGUUUGCUAAUAUCUCUUUUCCUUAUUGUUAUUGUUAUAUUAUUAUUAUCAUCAUUAUUUUUCCUAAUGCUAUCUGAGAAAGUGAUGUCUCAAAUGCACCUUCUGAGAAAGUGAUGUCUCAAAUGCACCUUGCAGCAGGUGUGAGGUGAGCAGUGGGUGUGGGAAGAUGCACUCACUGUGGCAGAGCCAGUCCUGGCAACGGGGUGCGUGCUCCCCUGGACUUACUCUAACCCUGGGCAGAUUAGUCAGGAAGUUCUUCUUGACCCUGUUAGCUAAAAAAGCCAUAUUUUCUGAAUGUGUUUGCUAGGGCUAAUCUAAGCACUCCCAGCCGUGUCCUUCCCAUCCCCACUAGGCUCCCAGCCUUCCCACUGCUGCAUGGCUCUGUGCUGAGACAUUCUGAACUGGGGCCGGGCCCUGCUGGCUUCCCAGGGGAAGCUUUCUGUGAAUCGCCUUAUGGCAGGCAAAGCCAGGUUCAUGGCCCAGCUGAUGGCUGCUCUGGGGGGACUGAGGGGUGCUCUUUCCCGCCUGCCCAGGAGAGGUGGCAGUGACACAGCAAGAAACAUCCUGCCUGAAGUGGCUGGAGCCAGCGGUGUGAAGGGAUUGCUCUGCUUUUCCCAAGUUCUCCCCAGGCUCUCCACACUAGGAAGGUAAAUCAGCAGCACAACAAGGGACUUUCAUUUCUGGGGGUUAGGUGAACCUUUCAGAGUCCUUGUGUACAGCCUUGUGAACUGGCUCCUGCUGCCCCAAUGAAGCUGCACCAUCCUGCCUUUCCUAGAGCACCAGCCCUCACGUCCCAGCAGCCCUGAUGAGCCAGUCUGGCUGCAGUGACGCUGCAGCCGCCUCGCUGCACGCCUGUUCUUGUCACCCUCUUGCUCUGUCGGCGCCUGGCUGCCAACAGCACGGGAGAGAACUCCCUUGCGCUUCUGGGUUGCCUCACGCAGGUAUCUGAGGUCUGUGGAUAAGAUCAGCAGUGCCAGUGCCGGCUGGGGGAGCAGCAGGAGCUCAGGAUCGAUGAGCACAGCAGCUGUGGAGGAGCCACCAGACACCACGGCCAGUUAAAGCACAAGGAUCAAAGCACCUCGCUGCCAGAGCUGCCCUUUGCUCCCCAGGGCCCCAUUUCUGCCUCCGUGUCCUCCUUGCCAGCCCUGGCCCUGCAGGGACGCUGCUGUCUCAGCCCCAUGAAGGGAUGGUGCCUCUGGGCAGGACACGGAGGGUGACACUCGGUACUGCCACCACAUCCAAUCCCUUCAUCUCACCCUCCCCUUCCUCGCACCUUCGGGCAGGAACAGGGGGGUGAAGCUGCCGGUGUGUGAGAGGUGCACCCAACCCACACCCAAACGGUGCCUGGCCCUCCCUGGCCAGGGUGUGGUUGUGCCUCCUGGCUCUUCCCGAUAGAUUUCAGUCAUCUCGCAGCUUCCAAGAAAGCUCCCCUUUCCUGUUGUUGCAAUUAUCACAGGAAUUAGACUAUCAGGCCCUGGGAAUGCCCCAGACCUUUGCAUGUCUGAAGCAGCAGACCCUUUCUGCCCAGGGGCUGUGGGUACAGCACUGAGCUGCAGCCCCCUCGCCCCGCAAGCACCAGCCCUGUCUGUAUGGUUCAAGGUCACUGUCACCCCAGUGGGGUGGGGACAUCACCUCUGCCUGGCCAGAGCUGUGCUGGGACGCCUGGGAGGGCUCUGGCAGAGAGAUGAGGAGGGCAGCACUUCUGGUCUCAGCUCCCCUGGUCCCCGAGCAGCUGUGGUUUCGUUGGAGCACAAAUAUUGUCCUUGGCUGAGUUUGUGAAGCUCAGUGAGAACAAUAAACGCCUGUGCCUCGUGCUGGGGAGCACCGCCACAGAGGGACAGAUGCCAAAGGUUUGACACUGCUCUGCUUUAUUUGAAUGUUCAUUUUGCUACAUGUCACCGUUUUUUGCCAGGAUGAUAUUCAUGUUGACUUUGCUUUUUAACCAAGUGCUUUUCAGAAUGUGUUAACACCCAGAGACUAGAGUAUGGAGCUGUACUUUAGAAGUUGUUGUAAUAUGCCUUUUUCUUAAUAAAGAGACUGAAAUCUGCAGGGUGGUACUGUCCUACCCCAGAAUGCAGGACCUCCAGCCACAAAGCAGAAGCAUCUCUGUCUCUGGCCCAGGACUGGCUCCUACCUCACUCCCCCAGAGCUCUUCCACAGCUCUGGGGAGUCCUCAGAGUGACACCCCAGUUCUUACAGGGGGCCUGCAGGUAGAUGGGGGGAUCAUAAUGAGGAUCUGGCGUGCCAGGCCAAGGAGGAAUGGCUUCCCACUGCCAGAGGGCAGGGUUAGAUGGGAUGUCGGGAAGGAAUCGUUCCCUGUGAGGCUGGGGAGGGCCUGGCACAGGUUGGCCAGAGAAGCUGUGGCUGUCCCCACAUUCUUGGAAAUGUUCAAGGCCAGAUUGGACAGUGACAUGGAGAAAUGGGAAAUAAAGUCUCCAAUCAGUUUGGUUAGAAAGUUGACAUUAUUCAGCGCUGGGUACAUGGGGGAUUGUUCCACCUAACAUGUAUGGCAAUUAUCAAAACUUUUAACAAUUGAUACAUUUCAGAAAACAAAGGAAUUAGUGUUCAUUGGCUACCAAUUACUUAGUCCUCUUAUUAAUUAGUAUUCUCUAUUGGUUAAUGAUUCCCUGCUUCCCAUGCUGAUUAGUCUUUACCUUUUUUUUGGGUCGGUUGAUUUCUAGAAUCAGUGGUCUGUGGGUUGAUGGCCACAUACCCCCCCAUCAGAAUUCCCUUCUACCCAUUUGGAGCUGAUUUCAGCACAAUCGCUGAGUUAGUUUUAUUAGUUAUUCCUUAUCUUGGGAGUCUUGCCAAAUGUCCUUGUGGCCCGUAAAUUCUGCACUCUUUGUGUCCAUUAGUGGUAACAUCCUUCCUCCCAAGCUAUGCUAACUUCGUCCCCCAGUUCUUACAUCACUGAAUCAUGUCAAGCCCUAAACUUUGUUUUUGUAACACGUGGACAUCACUUACAGCUUGCUUGUUAGCUACUAUGUGUUUCAUGGAUUAAAUAUCCCUUCUUGUUGGUUAGGCUUGAAAGUUACAAAGAUCAAACGUUAAAGGACAUCCUUUCUUAAGAAAAUUUGUUUGGUUGGAAUUUUUGUUUUGUUUUGCUUGGGGGUUUUGAUGUUUUUGUUGUUGUUUUUGUUUGGUUUGGGUUUUGUUUAUUUGUGGGUUUUUUUUCCUAUCACCAACCAUUAUUUGUUACAAUUAAAGAUUUUCCCGACAUUUCC